UUGUGAACUAAGUAGUAUGAUAUUAGGUAAUCUAAUGACAGAUUGAGCUUUAAACAUUAAGUUUCACCUCUUUUAUUUUUAGGUUAUUUUGUUUUCUAGAAAACUUUCAAAGUGUUAACUUCUUUCUGAAAAAAAGGCAGUUUAAUUUAAUUCUCUAUAAUUUUCUUCCCUAUACCUUGAAUUGAUUACCUUAGGUUAUGUUUUAUUUAUAAAAAUUUUUAGAUUGCGGCUACAUGUGUGAUAAUACUUCAUAUGAUAGAACGAUUUUUUUUUGUAGUUAUUUAGUUGUUUGGAUGCACCACAAUGACUGCUAUAUUCAUUGUAAAUUCCUAGGCAUUGUAACAUUAACUCAGAAAACGUAAAUAUAUGUCCUAAAUACUCAGAUCAUUUAAAUUGAUGGGAUACAAAGAAAACAGAAAAUUGUGUAGUAUUUGUUAUUCGAACCAUAGUUUCUUUUUUAGAAGAUAUGUAUUAAAGGCUAAAAAGCAUAAAUAUUACAUAUAAAAAGGAAACUUAGAAUGUUUGUGUUAAAUACUCUAUAAAUGCUAAGGCGCCUUUAUCUUUACGAGCAUAAACGACAGGAAGACCACUUAGUCGUUGCACUACUCAAAGCAGUUGACACUAAUCUAAAGAUUUAUCUUUUAGGUAACGUUCUUUUUACAAUAAGAACGUGACAAUAGAUUUGUUCAACUGUCGAACAUUCAAAUCCGUUUAACUAUUACAUAAAGUGAUUUACCCUCCAUAUUGUCUAACACUCCUGACAUUAAAUAGAUUUAAAUUGGUUGUUCUCUAAAAUAUGUUGACUGUGAAAGUUUCAUUGUAAGAAAUUCAUGAUAUACAUAUCCCUCUAUAAAAAUACUCACUUUACUUGUGUAGUAUAUAUUAAUUUUUUUGAAUUAUUUAAAUCGUAUUGUAUAACAAUAGAGUUGGAAAGAUGGUUGAACAAAAUGAUAAUUAUCUGAAACAAUUGGGUAUUAAUAUGAAUAACUUAGAAAAAGAAAUGGAUUCAGCUAUUGCUAAAGAAUCUAGAUAUUGGCUUGAAAAUGAUGCAAAAAUUAGAGCUGUUCAACAAGGAGUUCCAACAUAUGAUGAUUUUAGAGAGCUUGUCGCUGGAUGCCACUUGAAGCCUUUGGAUCGAUUAGAACUAACCAAUACUGUUGGUCAAAAGUCCAGCUGGAACUAUUCAGCAAUAUUAUCAAGUAAUAAUAGCUUGUUUAUGGAACCUGAAAUGAAUUCAGCUAUUGCUACAAAGUCCAUUACCACUCCACAGGAAUUCAUUGUACAGUGGCGUCAUAUCAAAUCAUCUUCCACGUCAGACAGCAUUAAUACAAAUGGUGCUUUAUUGGAGUUAUUGUUCAAUCAAGAUAAUGAACUAUUGGAAAAUCUUUUUAACACUGGACUGGGUGUGUCGUUUUUACCUGAAAUACUUUCAGUAUUAAAUCAUUCUGUUGAUAACACGGACACUAUAUUGUCAUCAUCUGAUUGUAAUAUCAGCAUCGUAAUAUCCAAGGUUUCUAUGAUUCUUGCAAGUUUUCAACGGUCUAAACAAUUUUCUUUAGCAGUCGAUUGUUUGCUAGAUAGUGAAAAAGAAACUGCACAUCACUUAGUUGAAAAAAUCAAAGACAUUGCAAACAAAUAUGAACUUUUUGAUGAUGGUGAAACUUUGAAUAAAAUUGCAGAUACUUUUAAGCGGUGA